CAAUCGAGUAUACUGAUAAACAAAAACCCUAAAAAGAAAGAUAUGGAAGAUUCCUAUUUGAUUCAGAGGUAGAGCCUUCUCCACCUUCUUCUUCCUUUGGAUUCUAGGUUCUCCCUUUCUUACAUGAUUCCCUCCUAAAGUCUUUCGCUUUUAGUAUCUAGGGUUUACGUUUGACUCCCUCCCUAAAACCCCCCUGUUUGUUUCCCGACAAAACCACCCAGAAAAACUCCCACCCUCGAUUUCCACCACAAUGGUGGGCAAAAUGGAGGCCGUCAACGGCGUCAAAUCUGGAUCGAAUUCAACCGCAUCAACCUUCCAAUCCGCCUUCUUCAAGCCAGAUCUCUCCCUCAAAUCCCUGAAGCUCAAGACCAAGCAGCAGGAGCUCCUGAUCCGGGUCUCCAUCCUCACUCUCGUCUACAUCCUCGCCUUCAUCACCAGGCUCUUCAGUGUCCUCCGCUACGAGAGCAUGAUCCACGAGUUCGAUCCCUACUUCAAUUACCGAACCACUGUUUUUUUGACCGAGAAGGGAUUCUACGAGUUCUGGAAUUGGUUCGACUCCGAGAGCUGGUACCCUCUCGGUCGAAUCAUCGGCGGCACGCUCUAUCCUGGACUGAUGGUCACAGCAGCACUGAUCUACUCAAUUAUUCGAUUUCUCCGGUUCGCGGUCCAUAUCCGUGAAGUUUGCGUGCUAACUGCUCCGUUUUUCGCAUCAAACACCACCAUUGUCGCGUAUUUCUUUGGGAAAGAGCUUUGGGACUCGGGCGCAGGCCUGGUUGCAGCGGCAUUGAUCGCCAUUUGCCCUGGUUACAUCUCGAGAUCGGUGGCGGGGUCUUAUGACAACGAGGGAGUGGCGAUUUUUGCUUUGUUAUUGACAUUUUACUUGUUUGUUAAGGCGGUCAACACGGGUUCGCUUGCUUGGGCCCUGGCUUCGGCUUUUGGAUACUUCUACAUGGUUUCGGCUUGGGGUGGUUAUGUGUUUAUUAUCAAUUUGAUUCCGCUUUAUGCCAUGGUGCUUUUGAUUACGGGCAGGUAUUCGAUGAGGUUGUAUGUGGCGUAUAACUGCAUGUAUAUAUUGGGAAUGCUUCUUGCUAUGCAGAUUCGAUUUGUGGGCUUUCAGCAUGUGCAGUCUGGGGAGCAUAUGGCUGCGAUGGGUGUGUUUUUCUUGAUGCAGGUAUUUUACUUCUUAGAUUGGGUUAAGCACCUGCUAAGUGAUACAAAAUUGUUUCAAGCCUUCCUGAGGAUUACUGUGACAUGUGCAGUUGGUGUUGGUGCCAUUGCACUGGGAGUUGGUACUGCAUCUGGGUAUAUCUCUCCAUGGACAGGUCGAUUUUACUCUUUGCUCGAUCCAACAUAUGCAAAGGAUCACAUCCCAAUAAUUGCAUCUGUAUCUGAGCAUCAGCCAACAGCUUGGUCAUCGUUCAUGUUUGAUUUUCAUAUCCUACUUUUCUUAUUCCCUGCGGGGCUGUAUUUCUGCUUCAAGCGGUUAUCUGAUGCCACAAUAUUCAUAGUUAUGUAUGGUCUCACAAGCAUGUAUUUUGCUGGUGUCAUGGUUCGGUUGAUUCUUGUUGCUACACCUGCAGUGUGCCUUAUCAGUGCCAUUGCAGUUUCUGCCACUAUAAAGAAUUUGACUCAGUUGGUAAGGACAAAGAGCAAGGUUGCUCAUACUGGUUCUACCAAAGGUACCACUAGCGGAAAGGCGUCUUCUAAGGCUUCACUUGAUCAAUCUCUGCCUUUCCAAAGAAAUGGAGCCAUUGCACUGCUCAUUGGUGCUUUUUAUCUGCUCUGUAAAUAUGCUACCCACUGUACCUGGGUUACAUCAGAGGCAUACUCAUCUCCAUCAAUUGUCUUGGCUGCAAGGGGUGCCUAUGGCAACAGGGUCAUCUUUGAUGAUUAUCGUGAAGCGUACUUUUGGCUUCGGCAGAAUACUCCUCCAGAUGCCAAGGUGAUGUCCUGGUGGGAUUAUGGGUACCAGAUCACAGCCAUGGGAAACAGAACUGUUAUUGUUGACAACAACACCUGGAACAACACACACAUCGCUACUGUUGGACGUGCAAUGUCAUCUUAUGAAGAUGAAGCAUAUGAGAUAAUGAGAUCACUUGAUGUGGAUUAUGUACUAGUUGUCUUUGGAGGUGUUACGGGUUAUUCUUCUGAUGAUAUUAACAAAUUUUUGUGGAUGGUGAGGAUUGGUGGUGGAGUUUUCCCUGUUAUCAAGGAACCUGAUUAUCUUGUUAAUGGCGAGUAUCGUGUUGACAAAGGUGCUGCACCAAAGAUGUUGAAUUGUCUCAUGUACAAGCUAUCUUAUUAUCGAUUUGGAGAGCUGCAAACAGAAUAUGGCAAACCUCCUGGGUAUGAUCGUGCGAGGGGGGUUGAAAUUGGAAAUAAGGAUAUCAAACUCGAGUACUUGGAAGAGGCAUUCACAACAUCUAACUGGAUUGUUAGGAUAUACAAAGUGAAACCACCCAACAAUAGGUGGUGAGACUCUCUUUAUCUCUUUUUGCGGGACAGAAAUGGGUAAUGUGAGAACUUUGAGUGAAGCUGAGUUUUAGAAGUUUUAUGUUCUAUUUAUACUACUUUUAGAUAGAAUUGAUCCAUGUUUUGCUUAGACUCUUCAGGUGUAACAUUCAUGGUGGGAAACUCCCUCUUUUUGGACUUUUUUUUUCUUGAUAUCCAUUCACCGUUAUCCAUGUGCUUGUAUGGUUGAUAAUGAUAAAGCAAGUCUCUUGAAUCCUUAGUAGCAACAAUGUAACUCGCUGGGUUGAUGCAGUUUAUAGUUUUCUUUUAACUUUU